CUGGCGGACCCCCUGGAGGAGGGGCUUCCCCUGGCCCUGGCCGGGCCGCACCCGGAUCCUGCAGGCAAAGAGCCCGCCGAGCUCCAGCCACCCGCAGAGCGCGCGGCGAGUGCAGGGCAGAGCGAGCGCGCAUCCUGCGCUACCAGCCGUGCCACCGGGCGUUGGUGCCACAGCCCCAUGCAGCGAGCUGCGGAGGAGGAGCCAGCGUGCUGCAAGCCGACAGCGACGGCCGCAGACGCCUGUUUGGGGAGGCCCUGACUUCCAAGGGGAUCCCCUUCCUCCGGCCUGGACCAAAAAGUUUUCUCCAGGGUUUCCAGCCUGAACUCUCCAGGAUGGUGCUCUUGAAGUUCCUCUGGAUGGCUUUCUUCUAUCACCUGUGUCAGGGCUACUUCGACGGUCCCCUGUACCCGGAGAUGUCCAAUGGCACUCUGCACCACUACUUCGUGCCCGACGGGGACUACGAGGAGAACGACGACCCCGAGAAGUGCCAGUUACUGUUCAGGGUGAGUGACCGGCGGCGCUGCUCUCAGGGGGAGGGCAGCCAGGCCAGCAGUCUGCUAAGCCUCACCCUGAGGGAGGAGUUCACAGUCCUGGGCCGCCAGGUGGAGGAUGCUGGGCGCGUCCUGGAGGGCAUCAGUAAGAGCAUCUCUUACGAUCUGGACGGGGAAGAGAGCUAUGGCAAGUACCUGCGACGGGAGUCGCACCAGAUCGGGGAUGCUUACUCCAACUCAGACAAGUCCCUCACGGAGUUGGAAAGCAAGUUCAAGCAGGGCCAGGAGCAAGACAGCCGGCAGGAGAGCAAACUCAACGAAGACUUCUUGGGGAUGCUGGUCCACACUAGGUCUUUGCUGAAGGAAACGCUCGACAUCUCCGUGGGUCUGAGAGACAAGUACGAGCUGUUGGCCCUGACCAUCAGGAGCCACGGGACCCGGCUUGGAAGGCUGAAAAACGAUUAUCUGAAAGUUUAGGUGCAAGGCAGAGACCAGCAAACCAGCCCCACCCCAGUGGAGCAGGAGGGGGAACAGAAGAAGUGGCAAUGGGUUCCCUGAUAACUAACUUGUUUUCAUAUUCAGAUUUGCAUGGAGAGAAUACUUUGAAGCCAUCAUUAGAAAGAAUGCUGAGUCCUUUGGGGGUUUGGUUUGGUGUUGACACGUCAUUUCUAUGAUUGCCCUGGACUUAUCACCUGAAAAGAACAAAUUAAAGCUAUAUGUCUUCCCUAACAGACUUUAUAACUCUGAGAAAUAUGUUUCAGCUGCACCAAGAAGGACACAUGCAGUGGGGACUGAUAAAGGUGACAUGUGGAAGUGUCCCCAAAGCGAAGUGCAUCUCGCCUUUGUUUCUCAGUCUUCUCUCCUGGGCCCUGAAAGCUGUCAAAGCUGCCUGUUUGUCAGAUGAACUCUCACGGGCAGUUCUGCAUGCCUGGCAGAAGAUGGAAGUUAUCUUGUUCUCCUUUUCUCUUAUUUAUUAACCAAGGUCUCCAAGGUUUUGUUUUUAAGCAUUUUGUUUCGGGUAAAGAGUAUUGUCUAGAAAUGAUGUGCGAAAAUCAUCUGUUGCAGGGAGAUGUCUGAGGGACUUCUGUGGAUGUGUGGCAGUUAUUGUAGCCACAUUUAAGAGCUCAGCUUUGUGGCAACCACAGACUCCAAUUUAUAUGCUCAUUUGCAAUGUUUCUAAUUUUAUGUCUAUGUCAUCAUUUUGUAGUCCUCUGCAAAAAAAAAAAAGUAGAUUGUUUUACACUACCCUACAUGUUUAUGAUUUAGGUUGCAAUGUAUUCUUUCUAGUUGGGGUUUUUGUUUCUGUCUGUCUGCAUCUGGUAAAUUGUACUUCAAGUAGAGGGAAAUUCUAAUUCUAUUAACUCCUUUAAUUAAGGUUUAUUACUCAGCCAAUAAAUACAUUCUUGUAUAAUACUGGCUUACUUUCUAAUUUAUAUAACUUGUAACUUUUCGAGUACAAAGAGGGUACAAUGUAAAAGGAAAGAGAAGAAUGGGAUUUAAGCCAGUUUACUUAGCAUAUAGGAUUUUUAAAGAGUAGAGGUAUGGCCACAUAGUUGGCAAUUCUUUUUCCUCUACUCACACAUACCACUCUGAAAAGAAAAAAAAUAAGCUAGUCUGGAUCUGAACUUGAUCUCCAAAAGUCUGCCUAAAAGCUCCAAUUUUCUCCAGUUUUUCUCAGACUCAACAGAAAAGUAUGACAAGGCUCAUACCUUGUAUGCCCUUCUAG